UCUCGGUUGAUUAACCCAAACCUUGCUUACUCGAGGUAUGCUGGUUCCAAAAAUGGGUCCGGGAAUUAGUUCAGCCAACCCAGAGUAUUCCCGGUUAUCACAAGACAUUCUCAACAGAGUAACGAAUGGAUGAUUCCCCAUGGAAACAGACGCUUAAAAAAGCGUGCCAGUACCUACGUAGUGCACAUCGCCACCUAUUUGGUGGUUGUGCAAUCAUUUUUUCCAAUCUUUUCAUUUAAUAAAUAAUCUUUAUUCACUAUGUAUCACAUAUGUAUUUUAUUAUAAAAAUGAUAGCAUAGAAAAUGUCCUGUUAUAAAAAGGGAAAAAAGCAGAUCCAUGUGUGAGAUGACAAUAAAUAGUAAAAAUAAAUAAAUAAAAAUAAAUACAUAUAUUAGAAUUGAAUAAACAUUUAAACAUUACUGCUUUAUAGUAUAUAUCUAUAUAUAUAUAUAUUCUGCAUCUUCGAGUUUAAAUGCUUAAAUGGAGAACAUCUUCUGGCCUUCAAUCUUGAAGUAGGGAAAACAUUUCCUCAAUGUGCCACUAGAUGGAGGUAAUGUAGAGCUGUCUGGAGGCAGAAGAGAGUAUGGCUUUGGCAAACAAGGCAAAAAAGGUCAGGGAAGUUUGCUUGUGACAAGAAUCUCGUUGGAUCUCAGUUGGUUUGUAAGACAGAAAUUACUUUUCCUCCACUGUAUAUUUUGUUUCUCCUUGGUGUCCAAUUAGUUUUAUUCAAUCAUUUUGAAGCCACAUGACCUGUGCUUUCUGAAAGCCGUGGCUUUAAAGAGAAGUUGUUCCAUUCGGUGGUUUUCAUAUGCUACCAAAGCUUCCUGUUUCUGUUACAAAAUAUAAGUCUCUUACAAAUAUGGGUAAUCACGUUUUAGUUUCCCACAGAUAAGCAAAAGAGAAAGUUUGGUCAUAAAUAAGUCAUAAUUAUGUGCAAUAUUACUCUAUUUUAUUUUAUGAGAAAAUGCUUGUAUAAAUAUAGAGAAAUAUACUUAUGAAUAUGAAUAUAUUUAUGAAUGAGCACAAACCUAAGCCUUUUUAAAAGCACAUGCUUCUUUUUAGCAAUUUAGCAUGUGUACAACUGACUAGAAUAUUUAAAAGUAUCACCCAAAAAUGUUAACUCUGUCAUCAUUUACUCACCCUCAUGUCUUUUUAAACCUGUAUCAUCUCCUUAAAGACACUGAUAUGUUCGCUGUGUCUGUGUAUGCAUAACAAUGUUAUGUUGUUUGAAGUGUGUCUGUGACAUAUUUUUUCAUUGCUCCCCUGAGCUCUGACUGCAUUGCUCGAGUUGUUUCUGCCCUAAAUAUAGAGCUGGCUUUUCCCUACAAUGUCAAAUGUAACUUGAUUCCAUAAGUUUAGUCACAGCACGUCAGUUGCUGGCCGACAGGCUGAGUUCCUCUCACUCUGUCCAGCACUGCCUGAUGGAGUCUGUGCGAGCACUGGGCAGCCCCAUUGGGGCCAACCUACUGAGCUUGCCGGCAACCUGCCCCUGGGAUGAGGAUGAGGAUUCACUGGGUCUGGAAGGAAUCAAGCCCAAAUCUUCGCCAAUACCAAGACGACGGAGUUCAGUGUCCUCAGAUGACUCCCUGCCUCCCCCUUCGAGCAGCCGAAGAGUGUCCUUUGCUGACGCCUUUGGUUUGAGUCUCGUCUCAGUGAAACAGUUUGACACUCGGGGAGUAACAACACCAUCAGGCCCUCUGGAGAGUGACUUGAAUGAAGAUAAGGAGUAUUACAUGGUUCCUCUCUUCACUCUUCCACAGACCGCAGAGGAGCUAGUCUUGCGGGUUCAUGAGCAGAAGCUGGAACUGGAGAGUUUGGAGUUGCUUUCUGGGACCUCAACCCUAAGAGGAAUCGUUCGAGUGCUGAAUGUGUGUUUUAAUAAGAUGGUCUAUGUACGCACCUCUUUAGAUUCGUGGAGAAGUCAUUUUGAUCUGUUGGCAGAGUACGUACCUGGGUCAAACAAUGGUGGGAUGGACUGUUUCUCCUUCAAGCUCACACUGGUACCCCCAUUCGGAGAAGAGGGUGUGAGGGUUGACUUCUGUUUGCGAUAUGACACAUCUUUAGGCACUUUUUGGGCAAACAACAAUGACAAGAACUACUCUCUGUUUUGUUGUGAAAAAAUAAAGGAGAAAGCCCCAAAUGUGUGUGAAAACAGAAGAAAAAGCUGUCUGAAAAUAACCAGCCCAAAUAUCUCUGUUUCAACUGUGAUGGCAACAAAUAAUGAGGAACUUCCUGAUAUAAAUCUAAAUUCUGGAAAGGCCACUGGCCCUGGAUCUCCAAAUGAAAACUCUGAAAAACCUGAAAAGGAAAGCAUGGAAUUAGUGGAGGAAAUAAGCAGAAACCGCAGCCGAAGGAGCAGAAGAAGGGCUGUGCGAUUAGCAAAAGUUAAGGAGCACUUUGCUAAGAGAGAAGAAAAAAUGAAACAAGGGACCAAGACCAAAGAGAGUGAAGUUACAGCAGAGACCAGCAUGCAGGAACAUGCGUCAGUGCUGGAGAAGACAGCAUGCAGCCCACAAACAACACAAACUGCUCAACCGCCAACAUGCAACCAAAUAUCACCCUCACCAGCUGAGUCCUUAAAAUCUGCAGAGUAUAGUGGAUAUUCCACUGAUAUUUACAGCCAAGCUCUUACACAACAUAAAGAAGCCGUGAUCAACACCAAGACUAAUUUAUUCGAAGCACACACAAAUUUACCCCUUGAAGACUGUGGUGAAUCAAUUGCAUGCUCUGCUUCUGAGGCCCUGGAAGACAUCCAACUUACUGAGGACCUUAAUGACCAAAAAGGUUCAAUCAAUCAGUCUUUUCCUGUAUGCCAAAAUCCUGAUUUGUCUAUUUGCAAAAAUGUUGAAAGAGCAUGGGAGCACUUUGAGAAGGACGCUAAGCAAAGAAUUAAAAGUUUGGCAUUGAGCUCUAAGAUGGAUCAUGAGGACACAAAUAUUAAUGAUGGAAAACCAGAAGAGAAUGUGAGUUUGAAAACUACUAACUCAGAGCCUCAACUGUUUUCUCAAGGCUUUACAUUUGGGACCAUUGUAGCCCCACUUUAUCAUCAGGUUUUUAAAAACAUGGAAACAGAGAGACAAUACUUUUUUCCAAAAACAUUACAAGUAGAUAGGUCAUUAAGGGAACUAGAGAGCGAGAGUUUAACAGCGGUCACGGCCUCUGAGACCACAGACAUUUGGCCAGAGUCUUGCAAAUCUACAAAACAGACAGUACAUGAUAUUAGUGCUGGCGCCUGCAAAGAAUCAACAGAACAGAACUCACAACUUACAGUAAACCCAACCAAAAAUCCUCUCUCUGAGCCAAAUAAGAGUAAACAUGUUGAGAUGUCGGAAAUUUCUCACAAUGAUUAUACUGGUGUUUUCAGAAAAUACCCAAUAGAUAAUACAUUUACUGAAACAAACCUUCCAGAAGUCACAUCCAGGCAGCUAGAUCCUCCUCUAGGAGAAAUUUUACCAGUGCGCACAUUAGCUUUGACUGAAUAUUCAUUCCAGGAUGAUCCUGGCCACAGUCCAUGUUUGUAUCCCCUACACGGACCAGAAUAUUUAGUCCCUACAAAUCAAACAAUAGAGUCCGGUAUUGACAACCUACCUGAACAGAUACACCCUUCAUCACCCACAUCAGUUUUAAAAACUUCAUUAUCUUUAGAUAAUCAGAUGUCUAGUAUCAAAAUUGAACCUGCAAAUAUUAUAAGCAGUACCUCUUGCAUUUUUGCCCAAUCUCCUGAAGACCCCAAAAUGCUCCUGACUUCAGGGAUCGUCUUGGGUUCCUCUAAUGAUAAAUCAGAGCUUGACAGCUGUAAGCUAAGUUUGAACAUUGAAAAAUCUGAAAAACUUUCUCAUUUAGCAACAGCCAUGCUAACCGAACCAUAUACAGAAUUGGAGAACACACAGAUAGAUAUGAGCAAUACUUUGGAGAGCUGCCAAAUGAAUGAAAAGAAGGAACAAACGCUCGUCGGUUCUGCUACACAGACUUCAGAGACAGAGAGCUCAAGCAUUAUUGAGUUUGAUGGUGAACAUAACACAUUAGUGAAUAAAGAAGUGGAAGAAAUUCACAAAAUAAAAAAUGAUGAAAGCCUGGAAGAAGGAAAUGGAAAUCAAAUAGAGAAGGAAAAACAAGACAAAGAGGAGAAAGAUCAAGAACCAAAAGAACAAGAAGGUGCAGAAGAAAAACUUGAAGAUAAAGGAGGAAUAAAUAGCAUUGAAGAUGAGCUUAAAUACAUAGAUGAUGAAGAGGACUUGGAUGCAAUGGAAACUGAGAGAGAAAAGAAACAACAAGCAGAUGCAGAUGAUCUGCUUUCUGUUGAAAGAGAUUCUGAGGAACAGAAGCAGAUUAUAAGUACCAGCAAUGUUAAAUCAUUACCACAACAUCAUACUGACUUAAAUGAAAUAGAAAAUCUUGGUGGAGUUGAAAAACAGGACAGGCACUUCAACAGUGGAGUAGCAAUUUGUGAGGAGACUGCAUCUUGGCAAGAAUUAUCUCAAAAGAGUGAUACUGAACUCAGUGGAAGUAUGCAAGCUAUGGAGAAUGACUGGGACCUCAUUGAAUUUAUUGAUAAAGAAGAGAAUGCGUGCUGUGGAAGUGAGAACAAUGACCGGGAAACUACUGAUGAUGUGAACAAUAUGCUGGAAAACAUGGAUUGCCAGGCAAAAGACUCAAUGAAGAGAGAUCUCGAAAAUGUUGAAGACAACACCUCAACAGAAUCACAGAUUGAUGAUGAGAUGGAGCUGUACUUGAACAGUCUGAGGAAUUCACAACAGUCAGUAUUCAGAGAAGGCACAAUGAGUGGAAGCUAUGGCAAAAGACCCUCAGUGAGUAAAGGACGGCCAUUAGCUAUGCCUUCAAUCUCGGAGUCUGUGGAUGAGGACCAGCCGCAUAGUUCCCUAGAAGAUUUAACAAAUAUCGAGUACAUCAUGGAGCUGGAAAGAGCUACGCUGCCCCUAGUGGACAGGAAUGAGCAUGUCAUUGGACGUAAUGUCUUGUGGUGGAAAGAGUUUUUGUCUUAUGAUAAUAUGUCAAGAGUGAUUGGAUACACAUUUUUUUUGAUAGUGUUUUUGGUUGCAGCAUAUUAUUAUGACUUCAUCGCAUGUUUUGCCCUAUAUCUUCUUACAGUAUAUUGGCUGUUUCGACAAGGGGAGGAAGAGCCACUAAAAAACUCUCGGAAAGGUGACAGAGGAAUGCAGUAAAGAUGAUUUAUGAACAUUUUUGGAGAGUUUAGUAGAAAUGUGGAAGUGGAUCUGAAUACAUGUUCUACGAAUACAACUGUUGUAUGACAACAUUGAUUAUGUUGUCAUACUGAUUAUAUUGAUUAUGGAUUAUGUGGAGGUAUUUAUCGCACAUAAGAAAAACAUGAUUUUAAAUAAUGGCAGACUUUUGUUACAUUAUUUGCCAUUCGAGUCAGUAUAUUAUUUCCCGGCUGUAUGGACAAAUACAAAGUUCUGUCAUGAAACUCUAGAUGGCGCAGGAUUAUAGGUACAUGAUUCAAUCUGCUUGCAAUCACAUCAUUCUCUAUAGAGCACAGCUGAUUGGUUCCUGCUCUAUCAGUUGCUAAUGAACUCGUUGCUCUACCUUUGAAUACUCGGUCAGCAUUUGCUGUAGCAGUUGCUACUGCGCUUUCAGAAACCCUCCACCUUCCCCAGCUCCACCUGUAUAAAUCUGCUACGGGUAAUUCAUGUACGCUAUAUUGUACAGCAGCAGCAUGUCUUGUAUGUAUUUACAGUAGCAAGUGCCGUACUUGCUCUGCAGCAACAGCAGCAAUAACAGCAGCAGCGUAGCAGAUCUAUUCCGAAACAUAUCAACAUUAUCAUAUCCAUUACCAUACCAAACACUCUUAGAGUUGUCAUGACAGAACAUUGUUUUUCAAAGUUGGCAUACAAUAUCACAAUGCUCUUUACACAGAGCUGAUCAUAUAGCAAGGGAUUAUAUGGGAUUUAUAUAUGUAGAAAUGGUUGAAUUAUGUGCUAAUGGUGCCUGGUACAUUGAUGUUUAAAGGACCAGUUUUGUGAGUGAAAAGAUUAAGUUUGACAGAUAAGAUUAGUCUUGAAAAAGGAUUAUAGUGCAAUUAACUUUUAUGUGUAACUUUAAUUUCAUAGUAAGUACCUAAUUGGAUUAUAACUUAUAUAUACAUAUAACACAUACAAAGCAGUAAAAAAUAUUUUUUUUUUCUUCAGGCAAAAGGCAGUUAUUUUACAAACAUUUUCACAUAGACGGUUGUACGAGUUUAUUAGAGUUCAAAAAUUAUUAUAUGUUCUUUACGUAUCAUCUUGUUUGUCUACAGCUAUGGUUUACAGUCAGAAAAUUUGACACUACCUAUUUUCUAAAAAGACAUCAAGGGUCACUAUCCUAUUUUGUUUCAACAUACCAUGUUUCAACAUACCAAACAUUAGGGUCUUAUCAUCUCCAAACUGACCAGCGUUUGUUUCAUAAAUACAGGUACUGUAUGUAGACACAGGUGUCUACUCACAAUGAAUAAACCAUGUAAAAUAAACAAUAACUUCCAUCAUUUCAUCAUUGUGUACUCAAAAUAGAUAACAUGUAUGGAAUAAUCUGUUUUUUAUCAAUCUGUUUUUCUGUUGCGUUAUCUAUAAAUUUAUUUUGUCCAAUCAACAGAGUAUUUUUAUUGCAAUUCAAUAUUGUGCACCUGUUAUUAUUUCAAGGUGUCUUUAUCUUGUCUAUUUAUUGUUGGACAUCAUUCACGGAAAUUGCUUUCAAUGAACAAAUGGAUGAACUAUGAUCUCAUCUCCAGGUUAUAUGCAAUUCGUAGAAAUAAAUCUGAUCACAGAUCUCCCCAAAUAGA